AAACAAACUGAAUUAAUUUCUGUUAAUAUUUUUAAUCAAAACAAGAAUUUUGUGUGUAUUAAAAUUUAUUAAAAAAAAGAAUCUUCAAACAUCAAAUGCAAUUAUGAAUAAGAAAGAUUCAAAAACGGGCAAGCAACUUUCUUUAAGUUCCUUUUUAAACUAUAAUGAACUCAAAAAGAAAAAGUCCGCCAAAAUCGAACACAAAAUUUUUAUUUUUACAGCUUCCAAUGAAGUUAAAAAUGUUUCUUCUAUGUCAAAUAAGUUUGUUCGAAAGAAAAUAAAUGCACUAUGCUUGGAAUCUUCCGAUGAAGAAAUGCAAAUCAAUGAUUACACCACAACCAGCCCAAUUAAAAAAACAAAAGUUUUCGACCUUACGACAGCCAAUUGCUCCUCACCAAAAACAUUUUCAAGUCCUUCAACCAAAGAAAAUGCAUUAGAUUUACACUUGCCAAAACACAAAUCAAUCGAAAACCUCUCUCCUGUGCGGAGUAAGCUUGAAACAAGCUACUCAAAUAAUAUCUCUCUAUCACCUUUGGAAACCAAAUAUAAUCCACAAUCAAAUUUAACUGUAUCUCCCGAUAAACUAAGUCUUGAUUCGAUUGACGAAUUGAUUCGGAAUGAUUCAAUUUACACCAAAGCCCUGUCGAGUAUUAACAAAAAUAUUGAAAAGAUUAGUAAAAAUGAAAAAACCAAGACAGCACAUACAUUUACAUCACCAUCACCAAAGAAGGUGCCAUUGUCAGUAAAAACAGAUUUGUUGUUUAGAAAUGAUUGCAUAAACAAGAAAGAAGAAACUUGUUUAAACAAACCAGUUGAGCACAAGAAUGCAACAAUAUUAGAAAAUUUAUCAAGUAAAGAAGUUGUAGAACCGAAGAAACAAGAACCAAUUUCUUAUGAGUCUAACGUACCGAAGACUGGUUCUACAAAUAAUUCAAAGGAAUCUAGCGAAGUCAGUCAUGUGCCAGAGAAAAAAGCGUUUGUUGUGUUUGAAAGCGGACUGGAUGAGUAUUUAUGUAGUAUUCUUCAGACUGAUGACUUCAAGUCUAAUAUUAUGAUUGACAGUGAAAUGGCUCUUACUUCGAGACUCUCAUUUUUUAAAUCAACUUAUAUGGACCUCGUUGAAAAAUACUGUAACAUAAUCGAUCAAAUACCAACUGAUUUUUUCUCAACUAUAGAUGGUUUUCAACCAAACACCUUCCUCAAGCUCAAGAUCUUAAGACAAAAGUUCAAAGCCAAAACAAAACUUAUCAAAAACACACUCAACAAACGAAAAGAAGAACGUGAAAAGCAGUUCCAGCUAGAGCAGUUUCCAGAAGAAGAUGAAGAAGAGAAUGUUCCACAACAGUUCACAAAAGCUAAAACAAAUUUACUACCUCAUAAACCUGCCUUGCAAACUGUCUUUCAAAACUUUUCAAACUGUGAUGAUGAAGAAGAAUUCCUACAAAUUGAAAACGAGUCAAACGCAAUCAAAUCGAAUUAUCCAGAAGAAGAUGAAGAAGAAGAAAUCCGCCAAUUAGAAGUUCAAAAAAAGAAAUCGCCAGUAUUGCAAAAACAACAUGACGAUGUGAGAAAACGCCAAGAACUUAUUCAUGAUUUGUGCGAAGAUUUUCCAGAUUAUAUGAAUGAAAGUCCUCAAGUCAUUUGUAUCGACGACGAUGACAGCAUGCAGCUUGAUCACAAAGCUCCUACAGGCGACGACAAUGAUGAAUUUGACAGUUUUAUGCACGAGAUCAAAAACCAUGAGGACAUGCUGCAUGGAAAGAAAUCCGAUUAUGAUGAUUACAUCUACAAAGAUUUCGAGGAUACAAAAGUGGCUAAUAAAGAAUCAAAAACCAACAGCCAAAGAAUUCUUUUCGAAGAAAAACCAAAAGAACCUGAACCUGAGCUGGAUGCCGAUGGAUGGGAAGUGUACGAUUUUGAAAAAUUCGAAAGUGCUUCACAAGUAGCGUCAGUAUCAGUACCUGCACCAGCACCGGCGCCAAAACAUACACCUUUAAUACAGGUGAGAAGUUUCCUUGAACUUCAAAGCCCUUCUGCAUCCACAAGUAACAAUCGAAAUUUAUAUAGUCAAAGUUCAUCAUCAUCACUUGUUUCAAAUAAAUCAGCACAAAAAGUUGAUGGUAAAUUCCACUCCAACAUAAAUAACGAUGGCAUUACUGGAGAGUUUGAUGGCAAUAACUAUCCCCAUUCGGAUAGCCUAAUGGAGGCAUUACAGUUCAGCUUCGGUUUAAAGAGUUUCCGUCCAAAUCAAUUGCAGGUGAUAAAUGCAGGGCUCACAAAUCACGAUUGUUUUGUUCUCAUGCCUACGGGCGGUGGAAAAUCGUUGUGCUAUCAACUUCCAGCGCUAUUAACAGAAGGUGUAACAAUUGUUAUUAGCCCCUUGAAGUCUUUAAUUUUGGAUCAAGUCAAUAAAUUGAAUUCAUUGGAUAUAUAUGCGAAAAAUUUAUCAGGGGACCAGACUUUGAGUGAAGCUCGAGGUGUUUUCGUCGACUUAGAAUGUCAGCCACCAAAAAUAAAAAUUCUUUAUGUAACCCCUGAAAAAAUAUCAAGCUCGGUUAAAUUCCAGGAUAUUUUGGAUCUACUGUACAGCCGAAAUAACAUCAGUCGAUUUGUUAUUGACGAAGCUCAUUGUGUUUCGCAAUGGGGUCAUGAUUUUCGACCAGAUUACAAGAAACUGGGUAUACUUAGGAAACGAUUUCCCAAUGUCCCAACUAUGGCGCUUACAGCUACCGCAACACCCCGCGUUCGCAUCGAUAUUCUGCGCCAAUUAGGCCUCGUUCAAUGCAAAUGGUUCCUUUCCAGCUUCAAUAGACCAAAUCUGCGCUACUCUGUCUUACCAAAAAAAGGUGUUAAAACAUUUGAUGAAAUUAACAAAUUCAUAAGAUCCCAGCCAACUUCAGCGAGUGGUAUAAUUUAUUGCCUAUCACGAAAAGAAUGUGACACGGUUGCCGCAAAAAUGAACUCAUUUGGCAUUAAAGCUGCCAGUUAUCAUGCUGGUCUAACAGAUAAUCUUCGAGAAUCCAGGCAAAAAGAUUGGAUUACAAAUAAAUUUCGAGUUAUAUGUGCAACAAUUGCAUUUGGUAUGGGUAUUGAUAAACCGGAUGUUCGUUUUGUAUUGCACUACUCGAUGCCAAAGAGUAUUGAAGGCUAUUAUCAAGAAGCUGGUCGUGCUGGACGUGACGGCGAACUUGCUAAUUGCAUUCUCUACUAUAAUUAUGGUGAUAUGCUGCGAUAUAAGAAAAUGAUUGAUCUUGAGCGUGGAAGUGACUAUAAUGUCAAGAAAAUUCAUAUUGAAAAUCUCAAUCGGAUUGUUGGGUUUUGUGAAAAUGUUAGCGAUUGUCGCAGAGCCCAACAAUUGGACUAUUUUGGGGAGCAUUUUACAAGUGAUCAGUGUUUGGAGAAUCGCAAAACCGCAUGUGAUAAUUGUUUAAAAAAGAAAGAUUAUAUGGAAUUAGAUGUAACUGAAGACUGCAAAGUAGCAGUUCGGGCAAUUAAAGAUAUCUGUGCUGGCCGCUCUAGAUUCACUCUUCUACAUAUUGCUGAUGUUCUAAAGGGUUGUAUGAUCAAAAAAAUUGUUGAUAACAGACACAAUACGCUGCCCUUCCAUGGUCGACUCAAAGAUUGGGAUAAAAACGAUAUUCAACGGCUUUUAAGAAAACUGGUAAUUGAGGAGUUUUUGCGUGAGGAUAUGAUAUUCUCAAAUGAUAUUCCUCAAGCUUACAUAAAUCUUGGACCUAAAGCUCAAAGUUUGAUGACUCAAAAAAUCGAAAUACGAUUUGCCAUUGUAAGAACUGAAAAGGCAGCCAAGAACUCGGCAGCAGAUAAUGAAGAACCAACUACAUCAGGUCAAUCUCGUGAUCGCAAAACUUCACCAGAACUAAAAUUAAUUUCUGAACGUUGCUACACGGAACUUUUGGAUCUAUGUAGACGUAUAGCGGCAUCCAAAAAUGCCACCAUGGCGAGCAUAAUGAAUAUUCAAGCUCUCAAAGCUAUGGCCGAGUCUCUGCCUGAGACAGAAGCCGAUAUGCGUGCAAUUCCACAUGUAACGAAAGCCAAUUACGAUAAAUAUGGUGAACAGAUGUUGGAAAUUACUAGAAAUCAUGCAGCGGAAAAGCUUUGUCUAUUGAUGGAUUUACAAGAGAAUACUAUGAUAGAAGAAGCUAGUGAUGUUGAUGAUGCUCCGCCAUCACCAAAACCAUCUGUCAGUCGCAAGAAAGCAACAACAUCAUCAUUUGGUGGUGAAAAUCAAAAUAUGAUGGGCGAUAAUGACGACUUUACUACCUCAUGGGAUUCGGUUGCACCCGCUAAAACAAGUGGAUACCGUCAAACUGGCAAGCGGAAAGGUUCUUGGCGAGGGAGUGCGGCUAAGAAAUACAAAAGAGCAGCAAACAGUUCUGCUAAUGGUGGUAUUUCAAACUCAUAUAUUGUUAGGAGUCCGAAAAAAAGAGGAGGCAGGCGAGGAGGAGCAACAGCUGGAAGCAAAAAAUCCGCAAACAAUGGUUGGAUUUGCAAGAAAAACAAUUCUCAAGGUGGAGGUGGUUUUGAGUUGAUGCCGAUCCCGAAGCCGAAGUAGAUUUAUGUUAAGUGUACAAAAAAAUGAUUUAUAGUAUGUAUUUAUUGUUUUAUUAUUAUAUAAAAUGAGAAUUUGGCACCGUGCUGU